UUUAACUGCGCCCGCCACUGGGUCUCUCCGCUUCAGCCCACCACAUACACAUUCCCAGCAAUUCACACUCACACACUCACUCACACACUCUCACACACACAUGCAUAUUUGCACCGGCAAACAUAUGGAGUACUACUGCAUCCUCCUGUUCUGGAUCUGUAGCCAGCAGUUGGGAUCUAGUGACUGUUUCAAUAUUGACACGAAGAAACACAGGAUCAUCAAAGGCCCUAAACAAGCCCAGUUUGGAUACACUGUUCAGCAACAUGUGGCUGCAGGAGGAGAAAAGUGGUUAUUAGUGGGCGCUCCAUAUGAAAUGAAUGGCCCUUACCAGACGGGGGAUGUUUACAAAUGUUCACUGAGCAAACGAACCAACGGCAAUGGUUGCUCCAAGCUCAACUUAGGAAGGAUAUCUCUGACCAAUGUAUCAGAGCGCAAGGACAAGAUGAGGCUGGGAAUGACGCUCACAUCCAAUCCCACAGACAACAGCUUUGUGGCCUGCGGGCCAUUGUGGUCCUAUGAGUGCGGCAGCUCUUACUACAGCACGGGCAUAUGCUCCAGAGUAAAUGCAAGCUUCAAGUUCUCCAGAACGAUUGCUCCUGCUUUUCAGAGAUGUGAGACCUAUAUGGACAUAGUAAUUGUUCUGGAUGGCUCAAAUUCCAUCUAUCCCUGGACUGAGGUGCAGGCUUUUCUCAUCAACAUCCUUCAGAAGUUCUAUGUUGGACCGGGUCAAAUUCAGGUCGGAGUCGUUCAGUAUGGUGAGAAGGUGGUUCAUGAAUUCAAACUAAGUGACUACAAAUCAGUAGAAGAAGUGGUGAAAAGAGCACGCAGUAUCAACCAGCGGGGUGGUGAAGAGACCAACACAGCUCUCGGCAUCAAUGUAGCUCGCUCACAAGCUUUCAAACAAGGAGGUCGGCGUGGUGCCAAGAAGGUGAUGAUCGUGAUAACCGACGGAGAGUCACAUGACAGCCCGGACCUCCAGCAAGCCAUUGAGGACAGUGAGAAAGAUGGCAUCACCCGAUAUGCUGUUGCUGUCCUCGGCUACUACAACCGUAGAGGAAUUAAUCCCGAGGCCUUCCUCAAUGAAAUCAAGUAUAUCGCCAGCGACCCAGAUGAUAAGCAUUUCUUUAAUGUGACUGACGAGGCAGCGCUGAAGGAUAUUGUGGACGCUCUUGGAGAACGGAUCUUCAGUUUAGAAGGGACCAGUAAGAAUGGGACAGCGUUUGGCCUCCAGAUGUCUCAGGCUGGAUUUUCCGCACACAACGUAGAGGAUGGGAUUCUGGUGGGUGCUGUUGGGGCUUAUGAUUGGAAUGGAGCAGUGCUGAAAGAAACUCGACAGGGGAAGGUGGUCCCCCCUAAGUCCUCCUACACAGAGGAAUUCCCGGAAGAACUUAAAAACCAUGGUGCCUACUUGGGUUAUACUGUGACCUCUGUGGUGUCGGCCAAAAAUGGUCGUCUACUCGUAGCAGGAGCUCCACGAUUUAACCACACUGGCAAAGUCAUCGUCUUCACUCUAAAGAACUCUGGCAACCUGACCAUCCUGCUCUCCCUCAAAGGCCAUCAGAUUGGCUCCUAUUAUGGCAGUGAAAUUGCACCUUUGGAUAUUGAUGGAGAUGGUAUAACUGACAACCUUUUAGUGGCAGCACCGAUGUUCUUCAGUUCAGGCAUGGAGAAAGGAAAGGUCUACAUCUACAGAGUGACAGAGCUGAAUCGUUUCAUCCCUGAAGGGGCACUGGAAAUCCAUAACGGUGGCCAGAAUGCCCGGUUUGGUUCGUCGCUUGCGCCUGUCCCCGAUCUCAAUGGUGAUGGCUUCAACGACCUGAUCGUGGGAGCUCCACUGGAGGACGACCACAAAGGAGCCAUUUAUGUUUUCUUUUGCCAGCACAACAGAAUAAUUCGCAAAUACAAACAGAGGAUUGCAGCAGCAGAUUUGUCUCCUGGCCUGCAGUAUUUUGGGCGUAGUAUCCAUGGUACAAUGGACAUGAACGAUGACAGAUUGGUGGACCUGGCAGUAGGUUCCCUUGGUGCAGCAGUUCUCCUCUGGUCACAGAGUGUUGUCCGCAUAUACGCCACUGUCAGGUUUGAGCCCAGUAAGGUCAACAUCUUUGUGAAGGACUGUCAGAGAGGUGGCAAAGACGUGACCUGUAUGUCAGCCAUUGUAUGUUUCAACAUCACUGCCAGGACAGCCAUCCUUCCCACACAGGAAAUUGGAAUCAAAUAUAAUGUCUCGAUUGCGGAGAGACGUUUCAAUCCUCGUGCCAUACUGGACAACCUGAACAAAAUGCAGCCUCAAAACCUGACCCUUCUUCCCGGAGAGGAGACCUGCGAGCACAUCUACUUCCAUGUCAUGGAGACCACAGAUUAUGCAAGGCCCAUAGUGUUUGCUGUUCAAGUGGGACUGCGAGAUCCCGACCAAGGACCAGUUCUAGAUGACAGCUGGCCAACUGUGGUGAGGACUGAGCUGCCCUUCUGGAACGGUUGUGAUGAGGAUGACCGCUGCAAACCGGACCUUGCUUUGCAGAGUAUGACCGACCUGAUGACGAGAAAUCAGUUCUGUGCUCAGCCUGUACAGACGCGCGGGGCUUUCUGCCACCAUUUAAAUGAACAAGAGACAGAGGGGAGUCUGCGGGUGAUAGAGGGAAACAGGAGGAGGAUGGUGGUUGAUGUCCGACUGGAGAACAAAGGAGAAAACGCCUAUAAUGCUCGACUUAAUAUCACCUACUCACCCAACCUACGCUUCUCCAGCCUGAUAGUCAAGGACAACUCCGACAUCAAGAUUGAGUGUUUUAUUGAGGACAAACUGCGGAAUCAGAAGAUCUGUAAUGUCAGUGCUCCAUUCAUGAGGGCCAAAUCUCAGGUAAUGUUUCGCCUGGAGUUUGAGUUCAGUCGUACUGUCUUCCUGGAGCAUGUCCGAGUCAUCCUGGAGGCCAACAGUGAUGGCGAGGAAAUGAGCACAGUUGAUAAUUUCAAUGAUAUAUAUUACUCACUGAAGUAUGAGGCAGACCUUCUCUUCACCAGGGACUCAAAUCCCACUCGGUAUGACAUCAAGUCUGAGCUUUCUCUGGAGGAGCCUGGAGUCAUCGGUCCUCCUGUCAACUUCACUUUCCAAAUCCAAAACCUUGGCUACUUUCCUGUAAAAAAUCUGCAACUCAACAUUGAGAUCCCAGAGAUGACGAAAAAUGGGAACCAGCUCCUGCAGAUAUCUGACUUCUAUAUCGACCAGAGAGAUGGUACGCACUGUUUACCACCACAACACGUGGCACAGAGCAGGGCAUCGCCUGAGGACCUUUCACGCUUCUCCCGAUUGAACCGAUCAAACACUUUGACACUGCCAAUCCAGUGCUCAGUCAGUGUGGCAUCCCAUAGAGAGAUAGCAGUCAGAAUCGCGGGAGCUCUGCGUAUAGAUACGUUACAUGCACUGAAGUUUAAAAUCCUGGAACUGGUAACCAGUGCAUCUGUGGAGCUCCCCUCCUCCAGCCCCAUGUUUCUACAUGAAGAGAGGCCUGUCAGACAUAUUAUACUGGAGAUAAGGAAGGAGGGAGAUUACAGAAUCUCUAUCUGGAUUAUCAUUGGUAGUACGCUGGGAGGACUCCUACUCUUGGCUCUGCUUAGUCUUGCUCUAUGGAAGCUCGGCUUCUUCCAGAGGCAGAAGCGGAGAGAUGAAGACGAGCCGGAGGCCAACGGGAAAGUGACCGAAGAGCGGUAACGCAGGCUGAGGGCUCCGAGCAAAUGCCUUUUCCACAGGGGACCCCAACACUCAGGGACCAACCCACAAUCCCCUGCUUCCCAACACCACAGUGGCACUGUGUAGACAGCUCCGCAUGACGGCUGCAGCAAGGCUUUUUUCAGUGCACUGGAUCUGUCCCGCGCCAUAUGACCCCUGACCCACAAGAGUCAGCACUGUCACAUUCACUUAGCAAUCCUGCACUGUCACGACAUCAGGGCCUUUUCUGUUCACAUAUCCCACUGUCUGCUGCGUCGUCCCUUCAGCGACAUUGGAGCUCUCAGUUUCUUGCCUUCAGGCUGGAGUUCUGGUGCUUUUUGAAAAGAAAAAUCAAGUGACAGAACUUUUGGACAAUUGAUAUAUGAAUUUUCCAAGAGGUUCUGGCCACUUUGCCCUUGAGGCUCAUUUAAGCCAGUCACUCUUUUGUCUUGUCCUCCUGUGUAUUUAUUUAACUCCUAAAGUAAAUUUGUAAAGAUAAUAAAAAAAAACCUCAAGGGUGAGUCACCCACAAGUGUAAAGUGACUAUAUUGUAUAUUGAAUUCAUCUUAAUUUAUAAAGACACAAAACUGAAGUAAAGUCACCAUUGUCAAAGGAAGAUUUGUGAUGUUUAACUUUGAACGACUUGGUCUUUUGCUGCAGAGAAGAACUUUUGUAUGACUUAUAUGUAUCUUCUCUCGAGGUCACUCCUUUUCUUUUAAUAUUUUAAUGCAGGAUGGUCUUCAAACAUUUGAUGCACUUUUACUUUGUACAAAGUUAACUUGAAUUUUGUAAAUAGACAAGUAGCUUUUUAUACCCUUUCCGUAUUAUAAUAGUUUUCAGUAUUUUCCCAUAGGUUUAUGGCAUUAUACUUUGUAAUGUCAGCUACAUGGCAAGAUUGAAAAAGUCAGCUUUGUGAUACUGAACCUGAACACGAGACAGUUUGAGGCCUUUUAACAUGCACUGCAUCAGAGCAAGGGGAUGUGCAUAAAAUACUGCUUUUCUGGAAUCAUUUUAAUUUAAAAUUGUAAUAUAAUCUUGACCUUAUUAUGUAAAGUGCCUUGAGUUAAUGUAUGCUGUAAUUUGGCACUAUUCUAAUAAAUUUAACUGAAUUGAAUUAACUGUUACUGUUACUUAGAUGCCAUAAAAAUGAGUCAACAUUUCCGUGCCAGUGUGACAAAUGAAUGUGUGUUUGUUUUGUUUUGAUGAGGUGUGAAGAGACGUAAGACGCUGACAAAUAAAUCAUUUCAACAGA